AUGUCAGCGACUAAAGCAGUGUAUGUUACUAAACAACCUCAAAACAAAGAUAUUUAUAAUGGUUUUGGUUUAAUGGGUAAUGAAAAUUUUUUACAAAGUUGGAUUUUUAAAGAAGGAACUUGUGGAUGUACAGGGUCAUAUUAUACGACACUUACGGAUACAAGAUUAUUAUUACGAACGGAAGAUACAAAAUGUUGUAGUUGUUGUUGUGAACAAAAUUAUAAUGAUGCUUCGAUUUUCUUACGUGAUAUAGCUGAAAUGCGAGAAUCUACAGAAUCACAUGAUUGUUGUUCAUUUUUUUGUGGUAAAUGUUGUAGUGGACCAAAAUAUAUGGAAUUACGAGGUUCGUUUGGUUCGGAAAUACUUCAUAUAUCAAAACUAGAUAUGUUAAAUGCACAAAUGGAAAUUCCAGCAGCAAUUGGUAACUGUAAACUUGUUAGUCAAUAUUAA